AUGCCUAUGUACAAUGAGCAUAAUCUGUGCAAUGCCGUUAUGGUCUUCGAGGCUCUGCAUCGACAUGGUUCGAAGGCACAACGGGUCCUGCUACAUAAUCCACAGUGGGCUAGUGUGGCUCAGGGUGGCGAUGACAGGAGUGCGCAGCUCUUAAGCAUGGCUCAGAAGAAGUACGGCGUCACGUUGAAGCCUGUUCGACUUCUGGAUGAACGUGGCGAGACCACUUCUGGAGCCAUCAGUGGCGGUGGGAGUACGUGGGACACUUCGAUCACUAAGUUACGUGCUUUCGAGUUGACCGGGUACGACCGAGUGCUGCACCUGGACAGUGAUAUAUCACUCUUCGACAAUCUGGACGAGUUGUUCCUUCUCCCAAGCACGCCGGUGGCAAUGCCGCGGGCAUAUUGGAGCGAUGCUCCAGCUGGAUCUUGGCCAUUGACCUCCCUCAUGGUACUACUGGAGCCAAAUCCAGCAGAGCUAAGAGGCAUGUUGGCGACGCUAAGAUCAUGGUGGAUUGAAUCCGAACAGACUAGAUCUGGGCUGCGACAGUACGAUAUGGAACUGCUCAACCACCGCUUCGGAGCCUCCGCCAUGGUACUGCCACAUCGCGACUACGCUCUACUCAGCGCGGAGUUCAGACGAAAGCAUCACGAAGCCUAUUUGGGAACGAUCAACUCUCCGCCUGAGCUGAAACACGAAUGGAAUGCAGACCAAGUGCUGAAGGAAGCAAAAUUGGUGCACUUCUCCGACUGGCCUCUUCCCAAACCCUGGAUAAUGUGGCCAUAUGAGGGUUUAGCUGAGGUACAACCAAAUUGCACAGCGCUGCAUGAGAGAUUGCAAUGUAGGGAGAGGGAGGUGUGGAAAGGACUCUACGACGACUUCCGCAGGAGACGAAAAGACAUAUGCAGGUUGUUGAGCGUGGCUGCUCCAGAUUGGAAAAGACAGAAGGCUGCUGUCGGGGCUGCUUGA